UCACGGCUCAUGGAGCCCGCCGGCCGAGCCCCGCCGCUCAGCGUCGCCCGGUUGGGCCGCCUGCGGGAAGAGCACGGAAAGGUGGUCACUGGCUGCCAAGAAAAAAUUCAGCACUGGAAGAGGGUGGAGAGUGACUAUGAAGCUCUUCAAGAACGACUGAAUACAUUGCCAGAUAAACUCUCGUAUGAUAUCAUGGUACCUUUUGGCCCCCUUGCUUUCAUGCCAGGAAGACUGGUCCAUACAAAUGAGAUCACAGUUCUCCUUGGGGACAACUGGUUCGCAAAAUGUUCGGCGAAGCAGGCCAGCGGUCUAGUGGAACACAGGAAAAAACAUGUCAGGAAAACACUGGAUGAUUUGCAAAAAGUCAUGCAAAAUUUUGAGUCCAGAGUUGAAUUUACUGAAGAUUUGCAGAAGAUGAGUGAUGCAGCAGGCGAUUUUGUUGAUAUAAAAGAAGUAUGUGAAAGCAACAGCACUGAAACAAAAGGAAAGCAUAGAACUGCUCACAAACCUCAUUCAAAGCCAAAAGCAGAUGCUUUUCAGGCAAAUCUUCAAGAAAACGGAACUGGUGAAAAGUUCAGGGAGGACUUGAAAUCCAAUUCAGAACUUUGGGCCAGACUCGAAGAACUUGAGAGGCAAGAAGAGAUCUGUGGUGAACUUUACAGGACCUCCAAUACUGUUGAGGCAAAUGGAGAAGAGGCUUCCUCCUCUGAAGAAGAGAGAGAAGAGAAGAAGACAGCUGUGAAUGUGGUUCAGGAUGAAGAAGAACCCAAUACUCAGGGCAACUUUCAAAAAGAAGUAACCAGUUCCAAAUUGUUUGGCGGUCAGACCAAUGGCACAAGUCAUGAUGGCACAAGUCAUAAUAACUGCAGUGAUGAUGAGGAUGAAUUUGCCAUUGCCGAGGAUGCCGUACCGACGAUAUACUUCUCCCACACCGUGGAACCUAAAAGGGUACGAAUAAACACGGGAAAAAAUACCACCUUGAAAUUCAGCGAAAAGAAAGAAGAGGCCAAGCGCAAGCGGAAGAAUAGCAAUGGCAACGGGCACUCGACUACCGAACUGCCCAGCAUCAAAACACCAGCGGACAUUUAUCGAGUCUUUGUUGAUGUUGUGAAUGGGGAAUAUGUCCCUCGUAAAUCAAUCCUGAAGUCUCGAAGCCGAGAGAAUAGUGUUUGUAGCGACACUAGUGAAAGCAGCACUCUCGAGUUUGAUGACAGACGGGGAAUUCUGAGGAGCGUCAGCUAUGAGGAAUCUACUUUCAGUGAUAAUGGUGAAGGGAUCUUGGAGGAAGAGGAGGAAGGGGAGCAGGAACACCUUUCUAAAAAGAUACCAUUAUCCUUGUCAGAAACUUAUGAGGCUUUUUCAGGAACCGUCGUGGAGAAGGAUCCUUUGUACCCCCUUUCCAUGCCACACCCAGUAAUCGCUCAUCCCGUCCUGCCUACCAUUCCCGAGCGAAAGACUGAGGAGGGUCUCUCUGAAGCACCAGAAGAAACUAUGAAGAGAGUUUCAAAGUUCAAAGCCGCCAGAAUGCAACAGAAGACCUAGGUCCUAUUCGGGCCACAGACGUUU